AUGGGCGCGACUGAGGUAGCAGCUGAGCUGGGCCGACGGCAUCCGCUUCAACGACUCGAAGCUCCAUCGAAGGGAUUUUCAGGUGCCCUGCAUGUCGCUGGUCUUAUCAGCUUCUAUAGCUCCUUCAAGUUCUUGCACGAUAACCCCAAUCAAUUCAAUCUUUCGUACGGCUGGCACCUCCAAUUCCUGACCAUCAUUGGCAUAUCAAUAUCAACCCUCUGCUUUGCCUUUGGUCUUCUUGCCGACAUCCUCUCCUCCUCAUCCACAUCUCCGACCACACCGACCAAUGCCUCUGCAUCAUCCUCCCGUACUUUAUCCGACUACUUCUUCACCGCCAAGAACUAUCUCUCCCUUGUAGCGGCCCCUGUUGAGAUCGUAAUCAGCAUCCUGUACUGGGGUCUCCGGUUUAUUGACACUGGGCUCGUUGUGCCGCCGGACCUACCCCUGCCACCGCUCGGUGUGGAUCUUUGCUUCCACUUGGUGCCUGCGGUAGUACUGACUAUUGAUGCCAUCUUGCUAUCUCCGCCAUGGCCGAGUAGCCCAAUGAAUCCUCAGGCGCCGCUGCUGACUUUGGGGGUUAGCACAGGAGUUGCAUUCGCUUAUUGGUGGUGGAUUGAGAUCUGUUAUUCGCAUAACGGGUACUACCCGUACCCAAUCUUUGGGUUGCUGACUACAUAUCAGCGCAUUGGUCUGUUCACGAUGAGUGGGGCGACGAUGUGGGUCGUUGGUGGCGCUCUACGAGCUUUGUAUGCGUAUGUCAACGGCUACGAAAUAACGGAGGCUCUGGAGAAGACGCAAAGAGCACGCAAGAUGGGAUCAGAGGGCAAGUGGGAGUGA